AUGUCCUCACCAGGGCUCCUAAGAUCUAACACUUGGGUCUGUUUUGUCAACAGGAUUGUUAACUGGCGCAGCCGCGUCACGAUCAUCAAAAACCAAUGGAAUGGAGACUACCAGACCAUGGUACGAGAACUUACCGCCUUCGACCAGGAACGGCGCCGGAACAACGAAUUGAAUCCGCUACCCGCUCUCGCAAGGACGUCCACACGUACCAUGGAUACGGCAAAGGCGUCGGCGUCGAAGCCGACUCGAGCCACACCCACUCUGUUCACCCGAACCACGUUCCUCCCCAAGCCAGCCAUACCGGAACGUGUGAGAACCGCAGUCCCUGCGCCCUCAGGGAACUGUUUCAAGUGUGGCAAGCCCGGCCAUUUCCAGGACAAAUGCCCGCUCAACGCUACUGUCAAGGAAAUCGACCGUAAUGACCCCGAGGCAGAAGAACAAUGGGAAGAAGCCGUGGAACUUCAAUCGGAUGCAUCCCUCGAGGAAAACGACAAGGCCUAG